GUUAACAACCCAAGGACUGAUACGUGUGUACAGUACAAGAAGACAUGGAGAAUUCUACAGACAAGACGACUUCAAGGCAGCCCAAGAAGAGUAAACGUCUUCUGAUCCUCUUGGCAGCGGUCAUACUCUUCGUGUUAGUCGCGGUAGCUGUGACGGUAGCCUUGCUGGUUUCCCGAGCGGAGCAGGACACCCCUUCGGGCGAUCCGUGGCUGGGAAGCCGCCUGCCGUCCUCCCUGGUCCCGGUACAUUACCAAAUCGAGCUGCAGCCCAACCUAGACACCUUCACGUUCAUCGGAAGCGAGCACAUCACCAUCCAGUGUUUAGAAUCCACCGACUAUAUUCUGCUGAACUCCAGACUUCUAAACAUCACGGACGGUUCUGUGUCACUACUAACUGCUAGAGGAGAGACUGUAGACGUUAAACGUUGGUUUCUCUAUCCCGAGAAUGAGUUCUUUGUGGUCCAGGCUGCACAGAUUUUACAGAGAGGAGAAAACUACGUUCUGAGUGUGUCGUUUUCUGGUGUGUUAAGAGACGACUUGCGAGGGUUCUACAGGAGUUCGUAUUUGGACCACCUUACAGGCGAGACAAGGCACUUGGCUACAACACAGUUUUCUGCCAUCGACGCCCGGAAGGCCUUCCCGUGUUUCGACGAACCCGCCAUGAAAGCCACGUUUCACGUCACUCUUGUCCACCAAUCAGAGUACACGGCUCUCUCCAACAUGCCGAUACGCCAGUCUGAGAUGAGGCAGGACGGUUGGACAGCGGAUCACUUCGACACCACAGUGCGCAUGUCCAGUUACCUGGUCGCCUUCGUCAUCUCAAACUUCACCUACAGGGAAAACGUCACCGGUCUCCAUGGCAACAUAACGUUGAAAGUGUGGGCCCGUCCAGACGCCGUGGCUAACGGGGAGGUGGACUACGCCAUCGCCGUGGCCUCAAAAGUCCUGACGUAUUACGAGGAAUAUUUCGGCAUCCCCUUUCCUCUUCCCAAGCUUGACAUGGCGGCCAUCCCCGACUUCCCUUUCGGCGCCAUGGAGAACUGGGGUCUCAUCACUUAUCGCGAGACUGCGCUGCUGUACGACCCUGCUGUGUCAACAGAGGCGAACAAACAGAGAGUAGCUGUUGUCGUCGCUCACGAACUCGGACAUCAGUGGUUUGGGAAUCUCGUCACGCCUGCGUGGUGGGAGGACCUUUGGUUGAAGGAGGGUUUUGCGAGUACCGCCGAAUAUCCUGGGGUAGACUUCGUGGAACCCACUUGGGCUAUGGAGGACCAGUUUCUAAUAGCAGACCUUCAUCCCGUGUUUGCCCUGGAUUCCCUCAGUACGUCCCACCCGAUCUCACUACCAGUCAACCACCCUGACGAGAUCUCACAAAUAUUCGACACCAUCUCCUACAGUAAGGGAGCUUCGAUAAUCCGUAUGAUGAGUUCGUUCUUGGGCAGCAGUUACACCAAAGGCAUCAAGAGCUACCUGGAGCGAUACCAGUUUGCAAACGCCGUGCAAGACGAUCUGUGGAACUCUCUCACAGAGGCAGCGCAGGAGGACGGGCGUACCGACGUGCAGGUGAAAGAGGUGAUGGACACCUGGACGUUACAGAUGGGCUUCCCUGUCGUCACGGUCACCAGGGACUACAGCAACGGCAGGGUCACGGCCACACAACGUCACUUCCUGUAUGACCCGGAAGUAAACGUACCGGAAAGUCCCUACAACUACGUGUGGCAGGUGCCGCUGACCUACACAACAGAAGAAGACAUGAACUUUGCUGACCCUCCACGGACGUGGAUCCGCGACAGAACAGAGGAAUUCCCGGUGUCAGUAGCGCCAACAAGUUGGCUGAUCGCCAACGUUAACCAGACUGGAUACUUCCGAGUGAACUACGACAUCACUAACUGGGGACUCCUCACCAACUUCCUGAAUAGCGACAACUUUCAGGAUAUUCCGGUUGCUACAAGGUCUUCCCUCAUUGACGACGCAUUCAACAUCGCACAGUCUGGCGGCCUGAGCUCCGUCAUCGCGCUCGACCUCUCGCGAUAUUUGGAGCGUGAGCGGGAGUACCUCCCCUGGGCCUCAGCCAGCGGCGCGUUUGGCUACAUCUCCCGGAUGAUGGCGGGAACAGACAGCAGUCAACACUUAGAGAGAUACGUGUUGAACCUGGCACUGCCUUUGUAUAACAGACUGGGGUGGGAGGAUACAGGCGGCCAUCUGGAGAGAUACAACCGGAUGACAAUACUUUCUAUGGCGUGUAAUUUUGGCUACAACGGCUGUCUACAGAACGCUUCACAGAAGUUCUCAGAAUGGAAGGCAGGGAGAAGCGUUUCUCCAAAUCUGAAAGGUGUUGUGUACUGCUACGGAAUCGCGAACGGCAAUGAGGAUGACUGGAACUUCGCCUGGCAGAAAUACCUCAGCACGGACACGGUCGCCUCCGAGAAAGCGCUCCUCCUGUCGGCUUUAGCGUGCACUGCAGACCAAUACGUUCUAAGCAGGUAUCUGGACUGGACCAUUGACUCUACAAAAGUACGCAAAGCUGAUGCACUGAAUACCAUCGUAGCCAUUUCCGGUAAUAAACUCGGAAAGAUGAUGGUUUGGAACUUUUUAAACCAGAACUGGGGCUAUAUCUUUGAUAGUUAUGGAGGCUCCCUGUUUGGGCUGACAGGCCUGAUCCUAGGAGUGACAGAAGACUUCAACACAGAGGAAGAACUACAACAGAUGCAGGAGUUUGUGUCCAGCCACCCAGAGUUGGGUACAGCCACACGAGCCAUUCAACAGGCACAGGAGAGAGCCAGGGUCAACAUCAAGUGGAGACAACAGAGCGAAGACGACGUGGCACAGUGGCUAGCCGACCAUCAGAGAGAAGGACAAACACUUUAACAACUGAU